AUAUGUCAGUCAAGAUAACUAAGAUUCGGUUUCAAACCAUACAUAUAUCAGAUUUAACUUUCUACAAAACAAUCAUUGAUUAAUGCAUAAGUUAUCUUUCAAGAUCUAUCAAAUCGCAUGUUUUCUCUCCUCAACAAAACCCUUAACAAUUCUUAGGAGAGUCUGUCAGCUCCUAAUCCUUUGAUUAAUUAAUUUUCUUGCGUUAACUCAGGUAUGCAUAUCAUAUUGCAUGCAUGCAACAAAUCUGAUGAUUUUAAGACUCUCAUUUUGCCUUUAGAAUAUAAUUUAUUCAAUCAUUCUCUCUUUUUUUUUCUUACAUAUUUUGUGAUCUAAAAUUACAUCAUCUCAAUUGGAACGAAUUUAAUUAGGUAUUGAUCAAAUGGAACUAUUCCAACGGGCAGAGAGCGUACGUCUUAGAAAUCGAAAAGACAAGUACCUUAUAGCAAUGGAUGACAAAGAAUUUGUGUCACAAAGCCGUAAAGGAUCAAAUAAAGAUUCAAUUUGGAAUGUAGAAUUUGUUGAAGGAAGACAAGACGCCAUUCGUCUCAAGAGUUGUUAUGGAAAAUACCUAACAGCUACCAAUACACCAUUCAUUCCAGGGGUUGCUGGAAAGAAAGUGAUCCAAGCAGAUCUUCCAGAAAAAAACUACCCAUCCGCGGAAUGGGAAGCCGUAAGGGAUGGAUUUCAGGUACGCCUUAAAUCAUUUUGGGGGACUUACCUUCGACCUAAUGGAGGAUUACCACCAUGGAGAAACUCUAUUACACAUGAGGCUCCUAAUACUAAUAGGAAACACGAAAAGGUCUUGUGGGAUAUUGAGGUUGUGGAGAAAUGUAGUCCUAGUUUACAUCGUCGUACCAGGUCAGAUUCGACCUUUCAGAGAUUAGAUUUAACUUUUGUCAGAUCAAAUUCACAUUCCAUGGCCUCCACUCUUGUUUCACCAAAGCCAAAGUCCCAGGUUGGAGAACGUCAGGAAGUCAGUUAAAUCAAUGUGUGUAACAUGUAUCUGCAGCAGGUAAAAUAACCAUAGUUGUGUUGCCAAAUUGGUUAGAGUUAGGAGAAUGAAAGAUGUUAUCUUUAUAUACAAAUGUGCUGAUUUAAUAUAUAUAU